ACCUUACUAAAAACUUCAGAAACAAACCAUACCCUUUUUAAAAGAAACAUUCACUACCUUACAUUACUCAUAUUAGGGACAUGCAUUUAUCAUUAAGGAACAGAUAUAGUCCAUAAUACCAUAAUAAAAGCUUGCAUGCAUAUUGAAUUUUGUUUUAUGUAAUCUAUGGCUUAAAAUGUGUCUUGAACAUUGAUUUAUGUAACCUUAACGUGUGGACAAAAUAUAGCCACAACUCAAAGUCUCAGACACAAAGUUAACAUUCAUAUAUAACAGAAAUUAUGAAUUUUCAGCAUUGAACUAACAUAAGAAAAGAUGGAAACAAAUAAAGUCCAUGAGGUGAUACUAAAUUCAGGGGAAAAGAUGCCAUUGAUAGGCCUAGGUACUGCAACAAGUCCUCUUCCAUCAAAUGAAACUCUAACCUCAAUUUUGGUUGAUGCCAUUGACAUUGGCUAUAGACAUUUUGAUACAGCUUCUAUCUAUGGAACCGAAGAACCUCUCGGCCAAGCUGUGUCAAAGGCUUUAGAGGUCGGCCUUAUAAAAAAUCGCGAUGAAGUUUUCAUAACUUCCAAGUUAUGGUGUACUGAUACUCACCAUGACCUUGUUCUCAAGGCUCUCAAAACCACUCUCAAAAAGUUGAGGUUGGAGUAUGUGGAUCUCUAUUUGAUUCACUGGCCAGUGAGGUUGAAACAAGAUGUUGAAGGCUUUAACUUUACAGGUGAGGAUGUGAUUCCAUUUGACAUAAAAGGAACAUGGAAAGCUAUGGAAGAUUGCUAUAGAUUAGGCUUAGCCAAGUCUAUUGGUGUUAGCAACUUCGGCAUCAAAAAGCUUUCCCUACUCUUGGAAAAUGCUACCGUCUCUCCUGCGGUUAAUCAGGUAGAAAUGAAUCCAUCAUGGCAACAAGGGAAACUCAGGGAAUUUUGCAUGCAGAAAGGAAUUCAUGUGUGUGCAUGGUCACCACUAGGAGCAUACAAAGUAUUUUGGGGUUCUAAUGCUGUCAUGGAGAAUCCUAUUCUACAAGAAAUUGCUGCGGCUAGAAAGAAGAGUGUAGCUCAGAUAGCACUAAGAUGGAUACAAGAGCAAGGGACAAGUGUAAUUGUGAAAACCUUCAAUAAGGAGAGGAUGACACAAAAUCUUGAAAUAUUUGAUUGGAAAUUAAACCAAGAAGAAUUGGACAAAAUCAAUAAGAUUCCACAAUGCAGGCUUUAUAAGGGAGAAAUGUUUGUAUCUAAGAAUGGUCCUUACAAAUCUUUGGAAGAGCUGUGGGAUGGUGACCCUUGAGAAAAUUUGAUUUAAAUAAUCAAGUUAUAUUUA